AUGACUGAGGGUCUUCCAACCUCGUCACUUCUCCGUUUACCCUUCGAGAUCCGCCUUAUGAUUUACGAAUAUCUACUGCUACCCUCAAAGACUCCCUACUCUGGGCACGGAACGUCGGUUGCGAACUUGGUACCCGAUUUCCAUACCUACUUCUCCGAGGACACGAACAAUGAGCCGUUCACCUUGAGCGUACGGACAAUAGACCCUUGGCUGGGGGGUCAAGGCUUGAAGACAUGGAAAAGGAGGAGUACUUAUCAUGUCAGAACUGGCCCGUUCCUUACAACCACGGCCCCAACGACCUACCGCGUCCUCCUCUCGCCCUACACCGCACAUCUACGCUACACAGUCCCCUCCCUCAUGUGUGUAAACUCACAAAUACACGCCGAAGCGAGUAAAAUGCUCUACUCCACAUACACCUUUAGUUUCCACAUGAGCGUGGAAGCCGUGGUACCCUUCCUCUCGGACCUCACACCCCGAAGCCGGGCCUCAAUCAGACACCUCAGUCUGACCAAGAAAGCCCUACCAUACGCAAAGGAAUUCGACCGCGCAGAAUGGGCAGGAAUGUGCGCGUACCUAGCCGGCGCAACUGACAACACGCUAGCUGCAGGCGGCGGGCCCAGCAUACAUCUAAGCACGCUCAAGCUCCAAAUGAUUGCGGGAAAGCCCGACCAAGCCUGGGACUCCAUCACCCCGAUGAACCCCUCCGACUUCGAUACCAUGCUGCGCAUGAAGAACGAGUGGCUUGGCGGCAGCGGAGAUUUCGGUGGUGUCGAUCUCGAGUGGGCCGAGCAGGUCAUGGCUAUUAAAGGCUUGAGGGAUAUCAAGGUUAAAGCGCUGGUUGAGCGGUGUGCAAGACCUGUGAGCGAGAAACAAGCUUUUUGGGUCGCGUUUAGUAAGAGUGUUGCUGAGGGGGGGUUUGGCGAGUGGAUGAAGGGACGGAUGUUGGAGGCUUGA